UUUUUUUUUUUUUAGGUGAAGCGCGUUAUAAGAGCAUAAAGACAAACUUAAUUUAAAAUUGCCAAAGUAUUUUAUUCGGGGGCAAUGUAUUAAAUAUUUCUUUGGGGAAACGAGGUAAGAUUAGUUAAACGCAAGACUGUUCCAAUGAUUCAGGCUCUUUUGACUCCACCUGCUGGUUUGUCAGCAUCUCCGCCACUGUGAUGAACGUCAUCGACUCACUGUUUCCUUACAUUAGUUGGGCUGACACUAAAGAAGGUGGAUUAGCGUGAAUAUUUAACUUGCUUUUGUUUAAACAGACUCAGUUUCAAGGAUUCUCACAUCUGAUAUAUCCUUAGCUUCAACAUCGUUGCGGUGUUGUUGAAGCAGCAUGUCCAGGUCCGAUUUCCCUCCGGAUUACAAUGAAUCCCGGCUGCUCUCCAACCCUCAACCUGAGGGAGGUUACCCCUCUUCUGCCCCGCCAUAUGGCUUCAGUUCAUAUGGUGGACAACCACCUUACCCACAGCCCAAUAACCAAUACCCAGGACAUCCUGGAGGAUACCCCCCUCCAAUUAUACCGCCCAUCCCUAUCCCCGUAAUUCCCUCAGGCUCAGGUGACAAUGAAGGAUUUACCACAGCAGAAGGAUGGGACAGUACUCGUGUACGACACCGUUUUAUACGGAAAGUGUACCUCAUCCUUGCUGCCCAGCUCCUCGUAACGGUCAGCAUUGUGGCUAUUUUCACAUUUGUGGAACCUGUAGCACUCUUUGUGAAGAAAAACCCUGCCAUCUACUGGACAUCAUACGCCGUCUACUUUGUCACGCACAUCGUGCUGGUUUGCUGUCAGGGACCGAGGCGGCGUUUCCCAUGGAACAUGAUCCUGUUGGUCAUUUUUACUCUGGCCAUGUCUUACAUGACAGGGACUAUUGCAAGUUAUUACAGCACUAAGGCAGUGUUCCUGGCCCUGGGCAUCACUGCUAUCGUGUGCAUUGCUGUGACAGUGUUCUGCUUCCAGACUAAGGUGGAUUUCACUAAAUGGACUGGUUUUUUCAGCGUGCUCGGAAUCGUGGUGUUUGUGACUGGCAUCAUCACUUCCAUCGUGCUGUCGAUCAAAUACGUCCCAUGGCUUCACAUGCUGUAUGCUGCUAUAGGGGCUAUUGCAUUCACUCUGUUUCUGGCCUAUCAUACCCAACUGCUCAUUGGGAACAGGAAGCACUCCAUCGGUCCCGAGGAGUAUGUGUUUGCUGCUCUCUCUCUUUAUAUCGAUAUUGUCCAGAUCUUCAUCUUGCUCCUGCAAAUUAUCGGAUUUUCAGAAAGAUAGAAGCUUUAGGCUGGCCAACUGACCUUUUUAGCCUUUUGUACUGUCAAAUGUAAAUUAAUAUUAAUGGACUGUGUCUGUUAAGUCCCAACAGACAUGUUCUUUCAUCAUUUGGUAUCAACUGGUAAGGCAUGAAUAUAAUUUCUUAAUUAACUGUAUGCUUGCUUUCUGAUCAUUUAUAGCCUUUACGGUGUUCCUGGCCUUAUGCGAUGUUAAUAGUAGCAUUACACAGAUUAUUAUAAAAGAUGUUAUACAGUAAAGGGACAGUUCACCCAAAAAUGAAAAUUCACUCAUCAUUUACUCACCCUCAUGCCAUCCCAGAUGUGUAUGACUUUCUUUCUUCUGCAGAACAAAAAAAAGAUUCGUGUGAGAACAGACCAAAAUAUAAUAUCAAAUGUUCGUAGUGUAGGAAGUGUAAUCAAGCUUGAAAUCAUGAUUAUGACUAACGUUAUAAUUUGGUCUGUUCUCAAAACUGAUGGGAUUGCUUCAGAAGACAUGGAUUUAACCACUGGAGUCAUAUUAAUUACUUUUAUGCUGCAUGUAUGUGCUUUUUGGAACUUCAAAGUUUUGGUUACCAUUCAGUUGCAUUGUAUGGACCUACAGAGCUGAGAUAUUCUUCCAAAAAAGGCUUUUUGUUCUGGAGAAGAAAGAUGCACAUCUGUGCUGGCACGACGGUGAGUAAAUGAUGAAUUUUCAUUUAUUGGGUGAACAAUAGAUUUAAUGAUUGUUAUAAAGUGCUCCUCAUUAGUGGAUAUGCAUCAUUAAUUUGUACUGUAUAGACACAGAAUUAUUUAAAUGUGUGUGGUAUUAUGCACAAUUCUGUCAUGGGUAUUAUCUGCUGUGUAUAUACAAGCUUACUAUAUUUCAGUUAAUGAUCAAUAUUUUUCUUGCAUACAUCUCUCUAUAUUAAUAUAAAAGUGAUAUAUAUGAUUUUAUUUUAUUUUUUACAUCAGCAUCACUGAAUGCUUGAAUGAUUUGUGAAAUACAUUUCUUUACUUGAUGGAUUUGAUAAUACGCUUAAUGUCACAGAUUAUUUUAUGUCCAGUACUGGCUUUCAGUUUUUGUUUACUGCCAAAGAUUUACAGUAUAUACAGUCAUACAAGUAGUUUUAUCUAAAUAUACAGUGUAUGGAUUGGAUAUAUAUUAAAAUAUCAGCCAGUUUGA